CUUGAUUGUGUGAAGGUGGGAAGAAAUGUUAUCAGCUGAGAAGAGGAAAGAAAUGGAUGAUUAAGGUACUUUCCAGACCUUAGCAAGGAAGAUGACAGCUCUGAUGAGAAAUCUCCCUAUGCCGAGGCUUCAGAAGCAACCCUUCCAGCAGAGAAAGCAUUCAUUAGAAAAAGAAGGCAAAGUGAUGGAUGAAGUCAGGGUCCAGCCAGGGUUUGGGAAGAGGCGGUACAGGGUAUCGACCGCAGUUCUCAGGAGAAGAGAGACGGAUCAGCAUAGAUGCUGCAAACACCAGCCGCCUCGGGGCCACCCCAGUUCCGGGGCUGGCUCUGGCUCGGAGACAGCCUUCUGUCAUCGUGACAGGUGAUCUUGGUCAGCUUAGCCAGGUCCUCUCAAACCCAGACAACGCCACUCCAACCCUCUGCUCUGCAUCAGGGCAGCGUGGGUUUCCCACAGAGGAAGCACGACACGGGAGCCGAGGCCCUCCCCCACUCCAACCCCUGUGUCCUUCAGCACAUCCUACAGACUCCCUCCCCUUGCCCUUCUGAUUCACAGCGCCCACCUCCCUGCACCUACCCUAUUCGAUCUACAGGGGAGCGGAAUCGCUUCGUGGCCGCCAGCCCGGGAAGGGGCGCCAGCCAGCUGGCGGACGCACGGCUUAGAGGGGCGUCUGGGCAAAGAAAGGUUUGGGGCUGGGAGAGGUGCAGUGAGCCUGGGAGAGUGGACUGGUAGCACAAAGAAUGUGUGCGUAAGGGUUAGAAGAGGAGAUCCUGGAGCUUUGGUCUUCUCUUUUCCCUCCGCAAUUGUGCAUUUCGGAGGGACUCUGGCGGCAAGCUAGGUAGGCAAUAGCAUCCGCUCCAAGACUACACUUCCCAGAAGGCUGUGCAGAAGGGAGGGGGCGGGGAGCAGGCAACCUGUGUUGCGCUUGCGCAAAGAGUGAGCCGGACGGGCAGGUUGGGGGGAGAGGGGAGGCGUGCCCGCGACGAGAGCGAGGGGGAGGGGGCCGAGCGGCGGCGGCGCCAGGGCGGGCGCGCGUCCGCGGCGGUGAUGGCGGUGCGUGAACGCGCGGCGGCAGCAAUGGCCGCUCUGGAGCGGCGGGUGCCGAGUCUCGAUGACUUCGCGGGACAGAGCUGGAGCUCGUGGGUGGAGCGGGCCGACCUGCCCGCGGCUGACGGGGCUGAGCUGGAGGAGAGUAGCAAAAACACGAAGAAGUUGGAUGCCAUGACCCUCAUUAAAGAAGACAUGUCCAUCUUCGGGCACUGCCCUGCCCAUGACGACUUCUAUUUGGUUGUGUGUAACCACUGCAGCCAAGUGGUGAAGCCUCAAGCCUUCCAGAAGCACUGCGAAAGAAGACAUGGGCCCCUCAGCAAGCUUUAUGCCCGGGCCCCACCCCCACCUCCAGCCCCUGCCAGCUCUCAGAAAUGCCAUGUAGUGAAUGGGCAGGGCCCAGCUUGUAGGGCCCCAGGUUCCACAAAAACCUCCUCCAGGGAGAAGGGCCAGGGGUCCCGGAGCCGUGGCCACCAGCCUCCUGAGAAGACCCAGAAAGACAACCUCUGCCUUUUCGUGCCUGUGGUGAAUCUGGAGAAGAUGUCCAGUCUCCCGAAGCCCGAUGGACACGGAAUCAGGGUGGCCCCACCCUCUGCUUUUCUCAGCCAGCCAGGGGGCCUCACCAAGGACUCCCCUGGAAAGCCUCCCAUGGCUCUCCCUUCUAAAGAACCUCCUGGCAGAGAGAACAUCGAGAUCAUCCCCAGUGAGGGGUCCAGUCACCGGGCUGAAGGUAGCCCUCCUGAAAAGGAGCCCAGUGGGGCCAGGCUGCCACCCAAAACCCACCGGAAGAUGGCUCGGAAGGAGUGCGACCUCAACAGGCAGUGUGGGGUAAUAAAUCCAGAGACCAAAAAGAUCUGUACCCGCCUGCUGACCUGCAAGAUCCACUCAGUACACCAGCGCCGGGAAGUCCAGGGCCGAGCCAAGGACUUUGACGUGCUGGUGGCAGAGCUAAAGGCCAACUCCCGGAAAGGGGAGUCUCCCAAGGAGAAGAGCCCAGGGCGCAAGGAGCAAGUUCUCGAGCGCCCCUCCCAGGAGCUCCCUUCCGCAGUCCAGGUUGUGGCAGCAGUGGCUGCUCCCAGCAGCACUUUCUCUGUCCGUGCCAAGCAGACCUACCCAUACUGUGCACUGCCCAGAGGCUACGCCGGACCCCGGGGAGAGCCUGCCUUGCUGAAGGAGACACACGUGCAUCUCUGCCUGUCACACAAGGGGCAGACACGAAACAGGUCCCGGGCCUCUUCUGAGAGUGAAUUGGAUGAUGAAGGCCCCUGUGGUGGUGAUGGGGACCCAGGCCUGUUCCCCUUCCCCAUGCCCCGGGGUGGGGCCCAGGCCUCCAGCGAGGAGAGUGAGGAGGAGGGGACAUCUGAUGACCUCCACCUCCCCCCUGACUGCCAUUAUGCAACCCGGCCCCCGAGGCCACAGGCGUUCUGCACAUUUGGGAGCCGGCUGGUGAGCCCAGGAUGCUAUGUAUUUAGUCGCCGGCUGGACCGGUUCUGCUCGGCACUCAGCUCCAUGCUGGAACGGCACCUCAGCUCACACAUGUGGAAGAAGAUUCCACCGGCGACCGAGCCUCCAUCUCACCUUGUCAGCUCCCCCUUAUCUGCUCCCCUGAGCCCAUCCUCUACAGGCAGCUGCCCCCGCCUUCCAGGUCCACCCCCCAGACCUGCCUGUCCAGCCUCCACGCCCCCUACCAAGGACAGCCUUGUCCCCAGCUACCCUGCAGGCUCCCCCAGCGUGGCGGCCGCCUGUAGCCAGGCAGAGUGCAUGGGCGGGAGCCAGGCUAUCACCUCACCACUGCCUGCCAACACGCCGUCCCCGUCCUUCAGCAAGCUGCCGCCUUCCAAGGCCAGCAAGUCAUCCAAAGGCAAGGACGGGGUGGAGAUGGAGGCCCCUUCUCGAAAGCGGAAGUUAUCCCCUGGCCCCACCACUUUUAAACGGACCUGCAUCCUGGAGCCCACUGGAAAAGGCAAACCCUCUGGCUGCCGGGGCCUCUCGGCCAAGACUAAAACAACCCUGAGCAUGGGGCUUAAUGGGACAAUGGGGCCAAGAGUGAAGCGGGCAGGGCCCCUGGACUGUCGUGGCUCCCCUCAUCAGCUCCCCACAGCAGUCAAGGCUUCUCAGCUGGAGAACCGGGGAGCAGCUGGACACCCAGCCAAGGCCCUGUCAACCAACUGCCUCUCUGAGGAGGAGGUGGCCAAGAAGCGGAAAAACCUGGCUACUUACUGCCGGCCGGUGAAGGCCAAGCACUGUCAGGCUGGUGCCCCUGCUGAUGCGGCCUGUUCUGUGCGCCGCAGGAAGCCAGGCCCGGCCCUGGCCUUUGAGGAGAAGUGCUCUACACUGAAGGUAUUGGAGCUACCUCUGUUCCCUGAAGGAAAGGGAGUUUGAGUCCUUGGGUCACAGCCUAACAUGCCGAGCAGCAAGGUGGGUGGGCUGGUCUUGCUCACUGGUUUUUCCUCUGGGCAUUAGGGCCUUGAAGGGCAGGCACACAACCCCAUGCCCACUUCUGCACGUGUGCCCACCUUGCACAUGUGCUCACCUCCAGCCGUGUGGGUGACAGAUAGGUUCUCCAGGAUUACUAGUAAAGCCUGUAGCCAGUUUUAUUUGCCUGUUCUGGUGGGAUCCCUGGUGUAGCGUGCCAUGUGCUCUCCAUAUGAUCUCUGCCAGGAGGGACUUACUGGAGGUGGGAUGGGGGUGCUCUCCUGGGUUAGAUGUGGGCCCAUAAGCCAUGUGUGUUCUCCAACUUCACUACCCAAACUGGCUCUAGUGAGCUGACAUUCAUCUUCCCCCUUGCCCAGUUUUACUCCCCAGGCCAGCAGAAGGAAAUCAAGCUUUAGCCCCUGUAAUCCACACAGUUCACCAGAAGGACAGCAGGCAGGCCCCCACCCUGACCCUUUCUCUUGCCUCUUGUCUUCCUGCAGUCAAAAGCCCAUUAAUGAGAAAGUGCCUGCCCACUGCAACGGAGCCGCCAGCACCUCCUCCCCUCCAGAUCCGGGCCCCGGGCUGCUGCCGCUUUUUAUAACUUUAUAUUAUUUUUUUUAAGAAAAAAAUCUCUUUAAAAUACCUCAA